UAAUCCGGAUUAAGAACGUUAACUUUACCCGCCUAAAACUUCCCGCGUUAGUAAUUGUUUCUCAUCAAAGCCAGAGUGAGGACGGUGGGGCUUUAUUCUCAUUAAACUACGACAUAACAGUGUCUACACAGUUUUCAAGAUGGUACGAACUCGUGCUGAUGCUGGAGCAACCAAGGUGUCUGCUGCUAAGGCACCAAGAAAGGUGUUUAGUUCACCCAAUGGUGGUGCUUCUUCCUCCUCUGUUGGCAGGGCCUCAGGCAAAGACAGAUAUUCUGGAGGUAAUAGUUACAACCCCCAACCUAUUCCCGAAUGGCAAAAGAGCAUCACCACCUUCUUCAAAUCGACCCCUAAACCCCAGCCUGGAGAAAGCAGUGGCACCAGCAGUAGCAGUGGCACCAGCACUGGCACCAGCAGUGGCACCAGCAGCAGCACUGGCACCAGCACUGGCACCAGCAGCAGCACUGGCACCAGCAGCAGCAGUGGCACCAGCAGUGGCACCAGCAGCAGCAGUGGCACCAGCAGUGUCAAUGUAGGGGAUGAUACAAAAUCUUCACCCAGCAAGAAGGUAGAAGAAGUCCCCAGUGAUUUUGCUAAGAAUGGCAUGAUCUCUGAUGAUGACGACUGAUUUUAUGUUUACAUGAUGAAUGCUGCCAUAUAUAUAAAUUUAUACAGUUUAUUUUAACUACUCCUUUUGCUAAAAAAAAGUAACUAUAUUUUGUUUUAUUUUUUUAAACUUUACAAAGAAGAUUUUUUUUUUAUAUAGGCUAUGUAUAUGUAUUUGAUGUAGCAAUGAAUACCAUUGCAUGAUCAGGUUAUCAAGUAUUGACUUGAAAUUUAUUAGUAAUGGGAAACUUAUUAGACUCACUACAAUGUUCAUUUGAUUGAAGCAUAUAAUGCUGCAUGCUGUGGUUGAUAGCUGAAUGUAGCCAAAAAAUACCACAGCAGACAAAGCUUUGCUUGGGCAGCCUGUGAUGUAGAAAUGGCUUUAUCAAUAAAGAUUUAUGUAUG